CUAGGCAAUAUCUAGAACAGUAACUCCCCCUUUCUUUCUCCUCUGACCCAUCCUUUUUAUUUUUUGGUAUAAAUACCCAAAUCUAGUUCUCCACAAUCUCCCACUUCUCCUUUCUUGUUCAUAUGUGGAUUUUAUAGUUGAUUCUCAUUUAUCAUGAGCAACGUUCCAAGGUCUUUAACAGACUCUUCUUUAACCCUUUUCAAGCUUGCUAUUUCUGCAUCUGAUCCUUGGCCUUUCUCUCUCGUUUUCUUAUAACCUUUGUAUUUGAUUCUGGUUUUCUUGUUUCUUCUUGCGUUUGGGGUUUGCUGAAGAAAAAUGGAAAGUGGAGACAAACACCAUGUUAAUUUCCAUCUUCAUAUACCGUACCUUCACGCCUUUCACCACCACGAAAAGAAGGACCUGAAAGAUAUUCCAAAGGGGUUUCUGGCAAUCCUGGUAGGUCAAGGGGAAGAGCUACAAAGGUUUGUAAUCCCAGUGAUCUAUAUCAACCACCCGCUCUUUAUGCACCUCUUGAAGGAGGCUGAGGAAGAGUAUGGAUUUGAUCAGAAAGGCCCCAUCACCAUCCCUUGCCACGUCGAUGAGUUUCGCAAUGUUCAAGGCAUGAUCGAUAAAGAGCAACACAAUCACCAUCACCACCAUAUCUGGUGUUUUAGGGUUUGAAUGAAUCAAUUCUGAAAGUCAUGUAAAUUUGUUUUACGUUUUCUACUUUUUGCUUUUCUCUGGGAUUUUUUUUUCUUGUCCUUCCUAGCUAGCAUUGCAGGGAUCUUGCCUUGUAGAUGAUGACGACAAAAGAAAAAAGAUGAAUGACAAGAUUCUUCUCACAUAAUUAAUUUCAUUUGGUUUUGCUCUUCUUUUCAUUUUUCUUUCUGAUUUUUCCAACUUUCUUGUUAAUGUGAACACAUUAAAAGCAUGGAAUGGGAACGUUUUGGUGGGAGUAAAAAUUGAUAACAAUUUAAAGUUGCAAUCGUUUAAGACACGACACGAUGUGAACUUGGAAUUGGACGGAGGGUUCUCGUUGGGGCCGCUAGAGUUUCUUUCUUGUGGGUGGCCCAUACUUAUUAAUACAACCAAAUAUUGUUUAAAUUUUUUUUCCCGAAUCCUGAUUUGAUCAUUUGCUAAUGGUUUCUUCAACAGCACUGAAACAAAAAUUUUCAGCUGAUGAAUAUGUUUUAACUACUCAUCGUCAGAGUAAGAUGGGUGCGGAUGUCGGCUAUUGGAGGCUUGGUUAAUCGUGGGACGUACCA